UUUCAGUGCUAGGACACUUCUGUGAUCAUUCCUGCCGACAGCGAACGUGGAGUCUGUGCAGCUCACACUUAGCAGAUUUACAUUGUGUUUUUCCAUUCCUGGCAUUCAAGAUAUAAAUAUGGGAGCCAAGGUCUCGGUGGAUGAAUCGGUACGAGUUGUAAUUGUUGGUGGAGGUUUUGCGGGUAUCGCUGCUGCCAGUCAGCUGAAAUCCUUUGGAAUUCCUUUUCUGUUAGUUGAUAUGAGGGAUGCAUUUCAUCAUAACGUAGCUGCUCUUCGUGCUUCUGUAGAGAGUGGCUUUGCAAGAAAAACUUUCAUUUCCUAUAAAGAGACCUUUCAAGACAACUUCAAACAAGGCAAAGUGGUUGGAAUAAAUCUUCAGACCCAGCUCGUGACUUUAGAAAGCAAUGAGGAACUUCCAUUUUCUCACCUCAUCAUUGCAACUGGGAGUAAUGGGCCCUUCCCUGGCAAGUUUAAUAAAGUCAUCCCCAAAGACCAUGCUAUUCAGCUGUAUGAAGAUCUAGUUAAAGAGAUUCAGAAGGCUAAGCAUGUGGUGGUAGUCGGAGGUGGAUCUACAGGAGUUGAGAUGGCGGCUGAGGUGAAGACUGAUUAUCCAGAAAAAGAGGUCACUUUAAUUCAUUCCAAGGUUGCUUUAGCAGAUGUUCAACUGCAACCAAGUGUCAGAAAAACUGUGAAGGAAAUCCUGUUGAGAAAGGGUGUCCGACUAAUCCUUGCACAAAAAGUCACCAAUUUGAACCAAGUGACUCCGAAUGUUGCCCAAGAGAACAUAGAGUUGCAGCUGGAAAAGAACUCUGAGGUUGUAACUUGUGACCUUGUUUUAUGUUGCACUGGAUUUAAUAUCAGCUCCUCGAGUUACAGUAGUGCUUUUGGCGACAAAAUGGCAGAAGACGGCUCCCUUAAAGUCAAUGAGUAUCUUCAGGUGGAAGGACAUGCCAAUGUUUAUGCAGUUGGGGACUGUGCAUUUAUUAAUGAACCCAAGAUGGCAUAUAAUGCAGGCAUUCAUGCCAGAGUGGCAGCAACCAAUGUUCGGAACAGCUUGAUUGGGAAGUCACUUAAAACAUACAUACCAGGGGCUGUUUCUAUGCUUUUGUCAAUGGGACGAAAUGAUGGAGUCGGACAGUUCAAUGGGUUUUAUUUAGGUAGUUUUUUUAUGAUCAUGUACAAAAGUGGGGAUAUUUUUGUUUCAAAGAGCUGGAAGGAUAUGGGCCAAGUGAUGCCUCGUUAAAGAUGAAGUUCAGAGACUGGAUGGACAUUUGUCUAUAAGUCCCUUACUGAUGUUUGUGCAAAUGUGACUGUGUGUAACAGAUUGGGGAAUGCAUACAAUUAAAGACACUUUUUAAGGGCUCUUACACACGGGCGCCUUUUCCUGCGAUCCCCUGAAUUGCGCUUUCUUCCGUUCAGCCGCAGGGGAGGGCAGAAGUAGAUGCACUGAAUUAUUGUCAAGGGGGCUGUACUUACACA